AUGGCAGAGCACGUCGAGGCUCGCUCCCUCGCCUCGCUCAAUCUCCUCGCUGCCAACCCCCCGCAGUAUCCUUCUGCCCCUGUCAGCCAGCGGCAGGACCCCGUGGUCCUCUACAUCUCCCGGGUCCCCGGUUCUCGAGACAUCAUACUCUCCACACAAAAGCCACAGCUCAAAAAUGUCACUGCAGAGGACGUGGCACGCUCAUUGUACUAUGUGCAUCUCAAUACCCCCGAGGACGACCUGCUCAUUCCAAUCGAGCACAAGAGCGGCUCUCAGUCGCCCAGGUCAAGCUCAGAGAGCCAACCCAUAAAGCGGAAACCACUGCCUGCUCAAGGACCUAGCCACUUGGGCACGGAGGUCGACCAGCUUCAACCUCAACCGCCCGUUCAGCAGCCACCUGAAGCCGGCCCUGCCAAGGUGUAUGAAGCCUUUAACCCUAAUGAUGACACGUCUCAGUCGAUGCCACCGCCGCCUCCUCCACAUCUAGACCAUUCGCACAUAUCCAGUGGUGGUCAACAAGCCCUUGACCUAUCUCACUUCCAGGUCGCCAAGUCCAGACUCGAGACUGGCGCCACCACCAUUCAGCAGCCGGCCUGCAUCGCCAUCGAAAAGAAGAAAAAGAAGCCGUUUGCGCCUUUCUCGCUAACUCUGAUCCGGCGCGACCCGACUCAGGGCCAGCAGUGGAACGUCGGGCAGGUGGCAUCGUAUCAGCUGGACGAUCUAGAAAAUCUCGACCAGGAAAACCCCGCUGCACAGUCAUCACCCUCAAUCAGCAUCCACCUCGAGACAUCAGGCUAUGCCAAAUUCCGGGGUAUGCCUACUCGCCCAAGCAUGAGUAGCGCAGACGUGCGCAGGAGCUUCGACGGCCGGCCAGGAAGUUCAGGUGGGGUCUUUCUCAAUGCUCCGGGGCACAAUCCGCCAGUCCCAUCGCUUCAAGGGGGUUUCGACCGUGAAGUCAUGAUGUCCUACACCCCAUCGUUCACGUCGAAUAUCCGGAAUCUUUUCGGCCGUGAGCGUAAGAGCUCCAAAGGUGCCGAUGACGCGCCCUCCACGAUGCCUCAGCAGGUAGUGCGGCCUACGCAUAGCAGAGAAGCCAGCACUGGUUCUGUGACGUCGUUUUUCGGCGACUUUGAUGGCGCCAAGCCGGUCAUUACCAAGCCAGGGCCUGGUCUGCGGCCGCGCGGUUAUGUUUUCAUAAGUCCGUGGGACGGUCGGUGCGAGUUCGUCACGGGCAAUGCCGGGCGCACCCUCCGUUGCAACCACAUUCUCCCACAAAUGGGUGGAGGCGCUUACAACCCGCUCGUGGACGGCGACGAUAGCGAAUCUGGGAACGGCUGGCCCGUCAGCGGGUUCGGCGGCGGCCCAAACAAUGCCAACAGCAGGAAGAAUCGCAACAUCCGCGCCGUCAGCGAGCUGCGCUUCAACCUGCCUAGCAGCGAGCUUUUGAACAGCAGGGAGAAGCGCGAUCGGGCGCGGAGUCUCGAGGGCGGUGCGGCGCGGGCCAGGGACCAGCUGCAGAGCCAGUUCAGCAAGGUCGUCCAGAGCAUCGAGAGUCACACGAACGGGCAAGGCGGUGGCGCCAAUGGCCCGUUUGGCAGGAGCGACUCUGACGAGGAUUUCUACGAUGAAGAUGGACGCCUGAACAUGAGCUUGGGUCAGGAGAAAGCUGGCGGCGGCAACCGCGGGAAGAGAGCCAAGAUGGGCAAGCUCAUCAUUGCCGAGGACGGGCUGAAGAUGCUGGAUCUCGUCGUGGCUGCCAACGUCGGCAUAUGGUGGGCCGCCUGGGAGAAGACGUCGUGA